AUGGCGUUUCCGUUGAGAUUCUUUCAGCAUUUCGUCAGCACCCAUCCAGACAUCAAAAUCAUUAUCCCCACCGACCACGAAUGGGCCGACGCCUCUCGCCAAUACUACACGAGCCAGGCAGCUCGUCCCGACGUCAUUACACGACCGCAGAAUGCAGCUCAUGUUCAGGACUUGGUUCGUUUAUGUAUGUCUAACAAUGUUGACUUUGUCGUACGCACUGGUGGCCAUGACUGUGCUGGUCGAAGUCAAGUUAAUCACGCGUUGGUAAUUGAUAUGCGUGAUAUUCGCUACAUAAAAAUUCUUCAGGAUAAAAGAACUGCGAAGAUUGGAGGUGGAACUCUUAUUCGAGACUUGGCAACAGCUCUGGGCGAAGAAGAUCUCAUUACACCAACGGUAAGCGGCCUUGUUGGCUCUAUAGGAUACGUUGGCUGGGCAAUUCUUGGCGGCUACGGUCCUCUCGCUGCCAAGUAUGGCCUUGGUGUCGAUCAAAUCAUCGGUGCUCGAUAUGUCAAUGCUCAGGGAGAGCUUGUCGAUGCCGAUGAAGAAGCAUUGACCGGGCUGCGCGGAGGAGGAGGUUGUUUCGGUGUGAUUGUGGAACUCACGAUCAAGGUAUAUCCUUUGAAGGAGGUCCUCAUGGCCACCUUAGUAUUCAAGUCUGAUGACAUGAGUAUCGCCUGGUUUUUAUUCGUCCAGGGCUACAACCAACUCCUCAGCACCGGAUCUGAACCAAGUUGCCUUUCUGUACAACUAAUUGGUAAGGUAAUCGCAGGCUGUGGCAACAUGUUCACGGCGUCAGUUGUAUGGGCCGAUGACGACCAUGACGAGGGCCGUAAAUGGAUCGACGUUAUCGCCUGCUUUGGAAACUGCCUCAGAAAGACUGUCAGGGCGACGUCAUGGCAGAUAUUGUGCGAAGAAAAUGAGAAGUUGGUAGGAUCGACAGUCUAUGGCCGAGCAAGGACUCUUAACCUUCGAUAUCUUACCCCAAGAACCACACAGAUCCUGGCGCAUUACAAUUCUGUGAUUCCAGGUCCGGAGUCGUCCAUCUCGGUGCAACUCAUUCGUGACUUGGGGAUAGGCCUCAAGUCAGUAUUUGAGCCACGGUGUCAGCACUACUGGCUUGAGAUUGCUGGCACAUCUCGGGAUCCACAAGUUGCAAAGCACGCUGAGGAAUGGGCUAGGUCAUUGAAGCAGGAUCUCAUAGAAAAAGACCCUGAUAACGUCCUAGACGCAGCCUACAUUGGCUUUCUAGAUGACGAUGAGAUGGAGUUAAGCAAGGUCUAUGGAGAUCACUAUCAGACUUUGGUGGCUGUUAAGAGGAAGUUGGAUCCUCGGAAUUUAUUCAAGAAUUCAGUGCCGAGAGUUGAAGUUGGAAUCGAAGAUUAA